AUGCAUUUACGCAGCAACAUUUGGGAAUCCCUGCCAGCUACACUGCUCCUUUGUAUUGUCUUUUGCGACUGUGGCGCUGUGGCGGCACGCUAUCAAGGCGCAGCACGUCAGCGUGGCGUACGCUUUAACGCCGCCCAUAUGACAUUUAACCACGCCUAUGUGCAUAAUGUCAGCACGGACCUAACCGGUGGCGCCUUGAAUAUCGAGAUGUGGCUGCUGCGUGACGUGGUGCCGGGCUUCAUGACCAAAUUCGAUGUAUUCAUCAGUCUAUCGGCGGAUAAGAAGCGCUUCCAGAGCAUAUUCGCCUACAAUGUGGACUUAUGCGGCAUAAUGAAUAACUUGUCGCGCAUUACUUUGCUGCGUGCUUGGAUGCUAAAUGUAAUUAAGUACAGUAAUCUGAAGCCGCAUUGUCCUUUGGAAGCGGGUCACUAUUAUAUAAGGAACUUUACGGUCGAGAAAGGCAGCAUACCUGUCUAUUUGCAGGCAGGCGAAUACCGCAUCGUCACGCACCAUUACUACAAAGGGAAGAAGAAUAAGAAAGAGAUAAGAGUGGCUGAUUUCCAGGCCGAUGUGGGGAUCGACUGA